AUGCUGCGGCUAAUCCGUUCUCUGCCUACUAUCCCGAUCACAUUUUUCUCCUCGCAGUACUCUCAGCGACAAAGACGCCGGUUGGCCACCUACAUCACGAUGCAAGACACGACAACUCCUCUCGAAACCCAAUUGCCACCUCUAGACAGUUUCGCGAACCUUGACAGCCUCGGCAAUCACAUCUAUCUCGAGAAACAGGACAAACUUCGUGAUCUGGGGAUUAACAUCCAAACAUCUCAGAUCAUUGUUGUAGGCGGGCAAUCAUCCGGCAAAAGCUCCCUCCUCGAGAGCCUGACGGGCUUCUCGCUCCCGCGAGGCCAAGGUUGCUGCACACGGUUUGCAACGCAAAUCACACUGCGGCGCGACCCGGUCAAGAAGACUGUCAUCUCAAUUACGCCUAGGAGUAAUUCGGACCAAAAGCUGAGAGACACAUUGAGAGCCUUUCGGCAUGAACUUACUGAGUUCCACCCUGAGGAUGUGGCGGGUGUUAUUGAGAAGGCGAACGUGGCCAUGGAGAUUAGAUCAGGUAUCAACAAGGAUAUUCUCAGCCUCCCCAUGUUUAGUGAUGAUAUUCUCAAGAUUGAGAUUUCGAGCCCUGAUAAUCCCCACUUGACAGUAAUCGAUGUGCCUGGACUUUUCCAGGUCACAGACCAGCUAGGUUAUGCUACCGAUAGAGAUAAGUCGAUGGUUGAGGCGAUGGUGAAAAGGCAUAUGAAGAACGAAAGAACUAUUGUCUUGGCUGUAUUGUCCUGUCUCUCGGAUCCAGCAACCGAAGGAAUCCUUCAGUUUGCUAAAGCAGCCGACCCCAAAGGCGAGAGAACCGUUGGAGUUCUUACCAAGGCCGAUUUGGUAAAGGAAAAGGCCGUCCUCCAGUCACUUUCCAACUUGGUGAUGGGGUCAACACUCAAGCUUGGUUACUUUGUGGUACGAAACCGCGGUGCCGACGAAGAUAAUCUGGACAUAUCCCGGUGCAAAAGGAAAGAAGCUGACCUUUUCGAAGACCCAAAAUGGAAGGAUAUUGCGGAUACCGGGCGCGUUGGAGUUGAUGCUUUGAGGACAGAGCUACAAACCUUACUUACAGGGCUUGCCAAGCGCGAGUUACCAAAGCAAAAAGCGGAAAUCAUGAAACGCCUGGCUGACUGUGAGAAGAGAAGCAUCUCCCUUGGGCCGCCGAGAUCCACCCCAGCAGCUCAGCGUGAGCAUUUAAUCAAGUUGGCGCUGAGGUUCGAGAGGUUGGCAAACGAUGCUCUCGAGGGCCUAUACGGCAGGGAUGUCUUGUUCGGAGAGAAGCCUCCACUGAAGCUUAUAACCAAGAUCGUUGAGCUCAACGAAGGAUUCUCUAACGUAAUAUGGAAGAAAGGUCAAACCUGGACCUUCAAAGGGAAGACGCCAGAGAAGGACGAUACCGCUGCCUACAUAGGGCUGAUGAACGAGGCUUUCGACUGGGCAUCAACGUUUCCGGAACUGUCGGAGUAUCGUUACCCGAGAAUUGCCUCUUUCAAAAAUCCCAAGAUUGAUAUCAUGGCUUUCAUCGGAGAAUGUUACUCGGCAAGCCGUGGACCAGAACUGGGAUCGUUUGGCGGACCGGUCUUGACAAUGGCAUUCAAAGCCCAGGCGAGGAACUGGGAUGAAGCCGCAACUCGUCAUGUUAAGGCGGCUGUCCUGGUUAUCCACCGGUUUCUACAUACGCUUUUGGAGGCCAUCAUAGAGGAUCAGCGAAUGCGCGAAGAGCUUUGGAUGUGUCUUCAAGAUGAUCUGCUUACAGGUUACCAACGAGCAUGCGAUCACGCAAAAUUUGUCAUUAGCACGGAGCUUAACGGUCGCCCAGUAACCUACAAUCACUAUUUCAACGAUAACCUGCAGCGAGCCAGGCUAGGCCGACAAAAAUCCAUUCUUUCGGGACUGGAGGUGAAUGGCCAGAACACCAAGGUCGACCUCUCCAAGGUGCAGUCUUUGAUGACGAGCGCAGUAGAGAACAAAUCCAAUGCCGAGCAGGUCAGGGAAGACAUCCAUGACAUACUCGAGAGCUACUAUAAGGUCGCCCGGAAGAGGUUCGUCGAUAACAUUUGCCAGCAGGCGAUCAACCAUUUCCUCCUCGAUGGUGAUCAAAGCCCUGUCAAGGUGUUCACGGCGGACUGGGUGGCCAAGCUAAGCGAUCAUCGACUGAACAGCAUUGCCGGUGAGGAUGCUGUUACUAUAACAGCGAGGCAAAGGCUGGAAACGGAGCUGGAAGGCCUGAAAAAGGCUUUGGAAGUAUUGCGGAGUUGA